AGAUGCUGGGAGGGGCGGCAUUGGUCCGCUGGUUGCUCUGGCUCCUGCUGGGAGAGGCUCUGCCUCCUCUGAUCCUGCCCACCGCCUGGGAAGGACACCACAGGAAGGAAGGAGAAGGCAGUGGCUGCUGGGCCUCUACUAUUGGGAGUUCAGAUUUUUAGCACCUCCCUACCAUGUGCCAAGCAGCGUUCUGGGUGCUAGGAAGGUAGCAGUGAAUGAAACAGGUAACACCCCUUCCUCCUGGAUCUUCUCUUCUAGAAAGAGGAGGCAGCAGUGAAGAAGAAAUACUGCUGAGGACGAGGUUACGUGCUGUGAUGGCCACGCAGCAGGGUGGCCUGGCUGAGUGUGACGGGGCACCUUUGAGGAGAUGGCAUUCAAACUGUUGGCAUCAGCUUUCCAAACCAAAUGUGAUAUCUCAGCUGGAUUGAGAACUGAGCCUGAUGACAAAAGAACAUCCAGGGUGCAUUUCCCCAGACUGGGAGAUAAGACUUGAAACCAAAGAGUCAACUACAAAGCCCUAAUUACUGAAGAUUUAUCUUAUGGGGUAAUAAUGGAAAGAGAAGAUCCUCCUUUGGACAUCAGAGACUUCACACUGGAGAGGAAAUGUGAGAGUGCUUAACUGGAUAGCCCAAAGACCUGGUAUGUAGUCCUGAUCUGCCACUAACUUGGACAAGUCACCUACUUUCACCAGGUCCCAGUGUCCUUAUUUGGUAAAUGAGGGAUUUUAGAUUUAGAAGGCUCCAAGAUCCCUAUAAGAUCUAAAAUGCUACAAACAUAAAUAUGCUUGAUUUUUCACCUAUGUUAUCUAGAUGUUCCUAUUCCAUAAUCUGGUUUCUCUGAAUGUUUUGAGUCAAAACUCUCUACCUCUACCAACUUCUAUUAUCCCUCCAUGUCCUUCCCCCUCUCCCUGUUAUUUUCUCCUCUGAAAUAUUGGCUGCUUGCUACCAGAUGAUAGAAUAAUUGUGCAAAUCUUAAUGCAAUAGCAUGCUGUUUUAAGUUCUCAAUUAACAGUCAUUAAACUAUUGUUAAAUAAGCUAAUUACUUAGAAAACAAUAUAACAAAUAUAGUCUUUGAGUACAUAGGAUUCAAAUACAUCUUUGUGUUGUACUCUAACUAUCAGAGUGGAAAGCAGAAGAGGCUGAACACUAACAGACAUGAAAAUUUGACAUAUUAACAAAAUCUUUGCUACUCACAACAUAUUCAAAACAAUCAUAGAGAAAAAUUUUAUAGAUCUAUAGUUAUGAGAAUAGUUAAGGCAAUUUAUUUUAUACACAUUUAAUAAGUGCUAAAUAGGUGCUAAAUAUGAUUAGGAAAUCAAACUGCAUAAGAUUGUUUUGUUUUCUAAGGGCUGAACCGAGAAACUGGCAGUGGGAUGGGAGAGGAAGGGAAGAAUUCAAGCAAUAAUAAGGCAGAAUCUAGGUAAUGUAAUCAAUUAAAUGUGAGCACUUGAAUUUAUCUGGGUGGAUGGGUGCCAUAAUUAAGAACACAAAACGUUGACUGACUUUGUGGGGCAAUGAUGAGUUUGGUCUGGGGGUAUUUUAUGAGUCUGUGGGUAUCCAAGUGAAGAUUCCUGAUAGGCAGUAGAAUAAGUAGAAGGGGCAGUGAUAAAGGGUUUUUUGGGAGUACUGUCUUUGAAUGAAGUGGAAGGCAUCAUCAGUAGAAGCUGAGGGGAAACAACAGGCAAAAGAAAAAUGAAAAACAAAGAAAAAUCAGGAGAAGGUGGUGGCAUAGAAAAAAGAAUUUUAGCAUAGGGAUAGGAACAUUUCAUAUUUUCAAAUGUCACAGAGGAUUAAAGUAAGAUAAAAAUAGAAAAUGGCCUUUGGUUUUGGUUAUUGGUAACCUCUGUAAAUUUUAGUGGGUUGAAGAGUGACUUAAAGGUUGAAAAGGACUUAGUAGUUUGAGAAAGGAGAGAUUUAGGAAGAUAACUAGAGAGAGAUUGUGGUUGAGAGAGGGUGUAUAUAUCAGAAGAGCUUUUGGCUACAAAUAAUAGAAAGCCCAGAUAACAAUGGCUUACAAGCAAAUAGGGAUUUGUUUUUCUCCCAUAACAAAUCUGGAGGUGGUUGGCAUUGGUUCAGACAAAAUAAUUCAAUGCCUUGAGUUUCAUGACUUUUUCAUCAUGUCACAUGAUGGCUCCUAUAGCUUCAGGUAAAAUAUCUGCAUUCAGAGCAGGAAGAAAGGGGGUGUGUAGCACCAGCAACAUCUGUGCCUUUUAUCAGAAAAGGUUUUCCCAGAAGCCCCUCAGCGGACUUCUGCCUAAACCUCACUGACCACAGCUGUGUUGCAUGGAGGCUAGGAGCAAAGGAGGCCGAAAAAAAUAAGUACUUAGCUCUUCCAGCCUCUAUAGAGGAGGUAGGCAAGGAAAAGGGGGGAUUGAGAAAGGUGGUGAUUUAGCCAAUGAAUAAUCUGCCAAGAGCAUUUGUAUGAUUUAAGGUAGAAGAACUGAGCAUGUUUAUCAUCACUGCAUGGGAGAGUCUGAAGGUGCAGAAAGGAGGGGAUGUGCAGCUCAAAGUGGGGAAAUAAGAUUUGGGGCACAGGUGGAGGCUGCAGGGACCUUUUUUCAACAGGAGGAAGGAAACUUUCCACUGGGAGAGGUGGGAAUCAAGAAACGAUGGGUACAGAAGAUAUCUGUGGGUGGCAAUGGAGGAGGUUCCCCAUGGACUCUGAGUGUUUGGAAUUUGAGCAGUUUGGUCUCUUUGGGCUACAGGACCUCUAUGGAAUUAGAAAAGGCAAGGACUAAGGAGGAAUGAAACACUGAAUUAAUUGUAACCUCAGAAACUUAAGAUUUUAAAUAAUGUCUCUCCCUUGCAUCCAGCUUCUUCCUUUCUCUUCAUGUAUCUUCUUGUUCCCCACCUGAUCUCGAGACAGAAAUGGAGGGGAAGAAGGAGGCAGAGAGAUGGGUAGAAAACAGAUGGAAGAUUAUAAAGACAGUAGCAAAAUUAAAGGCUCAAAAGAAGGCAGAAGACAAGGGGGAUAGGAAGAAUAAAAUGUGUUGAAGCCUAAGAUGGAUGCAAUAACCCCAAACUGGUAAAAUAUUAACACUUAGAGGGAGCAGCAGGAGAAAUGGGUCAGACAAAUGGGUCAGUAGAAGGUUUCACUACUUUUUCAGGAGUUUUGGAAGCUUCGGGCCCUUGUAUGUCAGUGCUCAGCCAUUCUGGGCAACAAGUCAGGAGGAAACUUCUGCACCUUUCCUCUAUCAGCAGGAGCAGGACUCCUGGUCCCACUUACUAGACAUGAGACCUUGGGCAAGGCACUUAAUAUAUCGCUGUCUCAGUUUUCUUAUUUGUUAACAGUGCAAACCUCAUAGCUUUGGAUUACAUUCAAUACUAAUGUAAAGUGCUUAUGAAAGUGCCCAACACAUAUUUAGUGCUCAAUAAAUAUUUUAUUAUUAUCCUUACAUAUCUGAAAACAGAACAAUAUCCAAACUCCUUAGCAUGGCAUCCACAACCCUUAGUUAUCUUAGGCUCUCAAAGCAAAUGCCUUGUAGGAAGGUGAUAUAAUUGUAGGAGGCUCUCUCUUCCCCCCACCCCACCCCCACUGGUGUAACAGCCUCCUAACUGGUUUCCCUGUAUUCCCUCUAGCCGCACCACAGCCUGUUCGCCCCACAGCGGACCAGUGAUUCUGUCAAAAUGUGUUCAGCCAAGCCACUCUUUUGCUCAAACCCCUUCAAUGGUUUUCUGUCACACAGAGAAUACAUGCAAACUUUUUACGAUGUCCUUCAAGCCCUCUAAUUACCCUUCCAACCUCCUCUCCCACUCUCCCUUGUUCACUAUGCCCUCUCCUGUCACACUGGCCUUGCUAAACCACAGGCUCACCAAGCACACUUCUAUCUCUGGUCAGCAUCUGUUCUCUUCCCAGAUAUGCACAUGGUUUCCUUCCUCACUACAUUCAAAUCUCUGCUCAAAUGUUACCUCCUCAAAGAGAACUUCUCAAAACGCUGCUGAAAAUAAUUCCCACCUCCCCACCCCCGUCACACUCUAAACCGUAACACAGCCUCAAUGUGUCAUCACUACCUCAUCAAUAUUUUCUGUUUAUUGAGUACCCCCUCUAGUAGAAUUCCACCUGCAUAAGUUCAGGGUUUCACUAUUUCUCCAGCCCCUAGAACAAUGCCUGACACAUAAAUGCUCCAAAAGUGUCUGUAGAAUGAAAUCUUCAGUAAAAGCCAAAACAGAAUGCCAUAGUGUUACGUAAGUAAAGUCACUGACACUGCUCACUAAGAGGUCCAUUCUUGGCUUUUUUUCCGCCACCGACAAAGUUAAAACUCUCUCAUCUUUCCUUCCGGAGCUCCGUGAAAAUUCAAAGGCAACUAAGUAUCUCCAGUCGGAUCUUUCUAUAUUUUACCUCAUCCUUGCCCGCCUCCGCAAAAUACUGUCCACAAAAAUAAAUACCACCCAGUUGUACAAGACAGACUCCUUGGCAUCCAGCUCCUUCCUCCUGAUAAGUCGUGGAGAACCAAGUUUAUUCUACCUGUCGACGUUUCUCGCGCCGUGCCCUUGGUCCCGUGGCCACCACUCUGGUCCCAGCCACUAUCCGCUGGGUCCUGAACUGCCGCAGCAGCCUCCUCACUGGUCCGCAGGCCUUCUGCCCGCACCUCCGUCCUCCCGGUCCCCGGGCCCCACUCAUCGCCCGAACCACGCCCCAGCACGAACGCCAGGCCACACUGUUAGCUUUUUUUGCAUCCCCGUGGCCGAGGCACAGUCCCGCUGCCUUCUCAAGUCAUCUCCGCGCGGUCCUCCCUCAGGAACGCUCCUUUUCGACUUGUCGCCUCCUUCUGAGUCCUUGGGGGCCGUCCUGGAUCAGCUCUACUCACCGGAUCAGGUGCCACUUCCUCGGACUGACCUUCCUCAUCCCUUUGUUAACUUUUCGUUGGUCUCUGCCUUCCCUAGUCUGCCCCAAACGGAACCAAAUCCUCACGUGCGGGUUAGCGCGCGGGUGGUUACCUGCCUAGGGAACCGUGACGCCUCCGCCGAGGUCCCUGGGAAAUGUAGUUUCUGCAAGGAAACCCCCUUGGCCUGGGGCGGGUGGGGGGUGGGAGUGUUGAGCGGCGGGGCCCUAAUCUGCUCAGGCGCGAAGUAUCAGUUUCUCCGCCCGGCGCUGGUGCGGGCGCUUGCCGCCGAUUCGCCCUCUGGGAAGUGGAGUCUGCGAAGCAGAAGCGCUGCAGCUCUCUGACUUGAGGGAAUCCGGCUCGGCGGGUCUCCCGGCAAUGCGCAAGCGCAGUUCCGAUACGGACUGCAGACUCCACUUCAUUGUGUUCUGCCUGCGAUGUGGCGGUGGCGGUCUCUCGCCGCGGGCAGAGGCUCCUCGAAGGGCAACCCAGUGGUGACUAGACACGGUGGCCGAAGCCGCAUCGGGAGAGCGGGAGCAGCCUUGGGGUGGUGGAGCCCGGUGGGAAGGGCGGAUGAAAACCGAGUCUCCCAAACUGGGCGCCAGAGAAGGAGAGGCUUGAGGCCAGAGAACGGCAUGGCCUUGAGAGACGUCUCGACAAUGAAAAUCCAGCCUUCUUAGCUUCUUUUCUAGGAGAAAGAAGACGACCCUCCUUCUCUACUUCUUUCACUCCCCGCCCCAGGAUUAGGCAGCCGUCCAGGCAGGAGACACACUUUUCUUGAGAUCUCUCAGCAUAAUUUAAGGGUAAAAGGCUGGAGAGUGUGUAGAAAGUGUGAAAACGGGCUGGAGGAUGCUUUCUUCAAGAAAAGUCAAAGUAUUUAAAUACAGAAGGGAAGAUAUGGAGGAUCUGACUCAGAUUGCUAGGGGGAAAAUUGGUGCGGGGUGCUGGGAGUAGCUGCAAGGUGAGCUAUUCCCUUUACAGGGGAGACCAUCAGAAAGACCCUCCAGGAGGAGAGAGGAUUGGGAGCAAAUAGGGACUAAGAAUUCACUACCUGGAGUAUUGGAGGAUUCCCAGGGUGUGAAUGCUCAAAGCCCCACUCUGGACUGCUGUGUGGUAUCUUUUGACCCAGUCCUCUCCUCAUAAACAGUAGAAGGUGUUACCAGCCUGAGGCUCAUCAGAGAAGAAGGAAUGGCAGUCAGGUGCCUGCCAACCGUGGUCCAGGAAUCAGUGACCUUCAAGGAUGUGGCCGUGCUUUUCACCCAGGAUGAAUGGGUGCAGCUGAGCCCUGCUCAAAGAGCCCUGUACAGGGAUGUAAUGCUGGAGAACUACAGCAACCUGGUGUCCCUGGGACUCUUAGGACCCAAGCCAGAUAUGUUUUCCCAGCUGGGAAAGGGGGAAGAAUGGAUGCCGGAGGACUCCUUGGGAGGCUUCUGUCUUGAUUGGAUGACUACACCUGUGGGUAAGAAAUCAACUCUCAAGGCAGAUAUUCCUGAAGGAGAAUUGGGUCAGUGGAUGAUAAAGGAAAAAUUCACGAAAGAUACUCACUGGAAAUAUGAUACACUGUUGGAAUGGCAGCAUGGAAGCCAGGAGAUAAAGUUGCAGCAAGUGAUGCUUGCUCAUGAGAAAACUUCAUCUGUGGUUGGUGUCCAGAAAUGUGAUGAAUCUGGGAAGCACUGCACCAUGAGCUCAUCCUUUGUUCAGAGUCAGGGAUUUCAAUCUAGCAAAAAAGCCUUUGAGUGUAGUGAGUGUGGAAAAGUCUUCACUAAGAGUUCAACCCUCAAUAAACAUCAGAAGAUUCAUACUGAAAAACUUAAUGCAAAUCGGAAAAUUCUUAUUAAAGAGAAGCGAUAUGAAUGUAGAGAAUGUGGGAAAGCCUUUCACCAGAGCACACACCUCAUCCAUCACCAAAGAAUUCACACUGGUGAGAAGCCAUAUGAAUGUAAGGAAUGUGGCAAGGCCUUCUCAGUGAGCUCCUCACUUACUUAUCAUCAGAAAAUUCAUACUGGAGAGAAGCCUUUUGAAUGCAACUUAUGUGGAAAAGCUUUUAUCCGAAACAUACACCUUGCCCACCAUCAUAGAAUACAUACUGGAGAGAAACCUUUUAAAUGUAACAUAUGUGACAAAGCCUUUGUGUGCAGGGCACAUCUUACCAAACACCAGAAUAUUCAUAGUGGAGAGAAACCCUAUAAAUGUAAUGAAUGUGGGAAGGCCUUCAAUCAGAGUACAAGUUUUCUUCAGCAUCAGAGAAUUCACACUGGGGAGAAGCCUUUUGAAUGUAAUGAAUGUGGGAAGGCUUUCAGGGUGAACUCUUCCCUUACUGAACAUCAAAGAAUUCAUACUGGAGAGAAACCUUAUAAGUGUAACGAAUGUGGGAAAGCUUUCAGGGAUAAUUCAUCCUUUGCUCGACAUCGGAAAAUUCAUACUGGAGAGAAACCUUACAGAUGUGGUUUGUGUGAGAAAGCCUUCAGGGACCAAUCAGCCCUAGCCCAGCAUCAGAGAAUUCAUACUGGGGAGAAACCUUAUGCGUGUAAUAUAUGUGAGAAAGCAUUCAGUGACCAUUCAGCCCUCACUCAACAUAAGAGAAUUCAUACUAGAGAAAAACCUUAUAAAUGUAAAAUCUGUGGGAAAGCCUUUAUCCGAAGUACACACCUGACUCAACAUCAGAGGAUUCACACGGGAGAGAAACCCUAUAAAUGUAAUAAAUGUGGGAAAGCUUUCAACCAGACUGCAAACCUCAUUCAGCAUCAGAGACAUCAUAUUGGAGAAAAGUGAUAUGGAAGAGCUUUGAGACUAAGUGUAUUAAUUAUUGAAUGCAAGAGAAUUUCCUUUCUACAGAAUAACCAUGAAAGCUUACAUGAAGAUAGUCAUUUUAUUUACUGAGAGUCAAGGCUCACAGUAGUGUGGGUUUUGAGAACUUAAGAAUGUCAAACACUCCUCAUAAUUCAGAACUGCCUCAGUUGAAUAGUCUGAAUUAGUCUGAAUUACCAAGUAUCAGAACCAACAUGGACCUUCAUUAACAACAUAGAAAUUAGUUGACCAUUAAGAUAAAUUAUAAAAUUGUAAAAAUUGAGAAGCACGGGAACAAAAAAGUAAGAAAAUGGUCUAUAAGCAUUUUACUGUACUUGAUUCUCUUAUAUAGGAGGGUUUCUACCUUUAAUGGAACCCUUUGUUUUCCUCACCCCCACUGCUUACACCCAGUGUAAAGAAAGUGCAGUCACCUGUGCAUUGGCCCAGGAGUUACUUAAAUUAUGCUUCCCGCCUUCUGCUUCAAACCAACUUUUGUCAGAUUUCCCUGGUUCGUGUGUCCACUGGCUUCUUACCUGUAUUCUUCUCCUGGGACAAUUCAUUUGAACUGUGUGUCCCUUUUUGAUUUAGCAACUCCUAACUGAUAACAUCACGUCAGUUACUACCACCCAGUUUGCCCUUGAAGACUGUGGUUAUCUGACCUCACACACAGUCCAUGAUUCUGGAUGUUGUUCCAAACCCAGCUUUCAGAACUCAGGACCCCUAUCUGGAAGGCAGAGGUUGAUAAAAAUUCCUGAGUAACCCAGGUCCUCUGGGCUUCAGUUUGACUCUGACCCUCGGAUAAUCCCUAAAGUAGGGGCUUAAUCUGUGCACACAUUCCCCCCGCCAGUUGUUCUGCACUGUAGUUAUGCUACACACGGCAGUCAGGGGCAUGCUCAGCUUCGGGUGUAACGAUCCCAGCCACCUAGAGAUGUUCUGGGCACUGCUACUUCUGUGACUUGCCAUUUCCUGAUGUGCAUCUGACAAGGGAGGUUAGAGCCUCAAGGGAGUUGUCAAAAGGCUCUCACCCACUUUUUCCCUUGGCUGGGCAAACCUCUGUGUCCACUGCAUUAGUGUAUAUUUGUUACUCCCAGAAUAUUGAACUGCUGCAUCCUGGUUCUUGCCCUGCUUUGUCUACUUUUCUGAAGGUAUCAACUCUGUUCACAGAAAACACAGAGAGCUUUGAAUUUCUGAUGUUGCAUUUGGAAGUGGCCAUUUCGUGUCCUCCACCUGGGUAUUCCACACUUAAAGAUUACCCCGUUCUGACAGUGGUGAGCAGCGUGUUGAGUAAUUCCAUGGAGUAGUCAACAGCACCAUGACAUUCUCUGGCAGGGGCAGUGUCCAUGCCCAGAAGUCUGAGUAAUACUCUAGUCCUGCAGGUACAGUUCCUUCACUAUCUUUAAUUCUUCAGUGCUGUCAGUAGAAGUCACAGAUAAAAUAACAUCUGUGUCCCUUCACACACAGCCUCUGGGGGCACCUCCCCUUCCCCACCACAAAGAAUGUGGAGCCUGCACUACUGCAGACUGGAGCAUACUACAGCAUGAAGAUGGAAGAGCAAGUCAACUGUUGUCUGGGAAGCAGUGUGACAGGUUCCUGGUCUGUGGAAGUGCUCUCUAUCAAUUUGGGGAACUGCCGGCCCCUACGAAUGCUGCACCUCAGCUCCAAGUUACAGGAGAGGAUAGUCUGUCAUGGUGGAAUCAGGACUUCAGGUUGAACAUGGACUUGGAAGCUUCCAGCAGCUUUAAAUACCCAAGUUCUCUAAAUUCAGCUCCCACCUAAUAAAGGCCACCAGUGUGGGUAGGCAUCUCCUGUUAGAUCAGCAACUCAUCCUUUCUUCCCUAUUGAGCUUCAGGUGAAGCAGCAUUUCAAGAGGUUGCUUGGAACUCUCCAUGCCCUGGGCCCACACAUGUUCAUCUGCAGCCUUACAUGGCUGGCAACUCCAGAUUCCACAAUAAACUUGGAAAGCUGCUCACUGCUACAGAGAUCUGCCUUCAGUACUAUCCCUAUGGCCCGCCUUGUCCUCGCUAUUACCUCCUUGCCCUGAAUCCCUCACAAGGAACAUAUUUCUCAGCUAACUUUGUUGUUCCUUUUUUUUUCUGUAUGCAGGCCUCUCACUGUUGUGGCUUCUCCCGUUGUGGAGC